AUGGCUUCUUCUUCAUCAUCUUCGAGCAGCUACUCAAGCCCUCCGUGCGCCUCCUGCAAAUUCCUGCGACUGAGAUGCCUAUCCGGCUGUAUCUUCGCUGCGUAUUUCCCGGCGGAGGAGCCGACGAAGUUCGUGAACGUGCUCAAGAUCUUCGGCGCCAGCAACGUGAGCAAGCUGCUGAACGAGAUCCCGCCUCACCAGCGCGAGGACACCGUGAAGUCGCUGGCUUACGAAGCCGAGGCUCGGCUGAAAGAUCCCGUCUACGGCUGUGUGUGGGGGCCAUCACCAUUUUUUAACGCCAGGUCUUCACCCUUGACGCCGAGCUUCUUCCUCACAGAUUUGUGUUUACACGCCCUUUCUCAGAAAAUCAGAAACGCCGAGCUUCUUCCUCACAGAUUUUUCGACUUCUCUUCAUCGGUAUGUUUAGUGUGGCGCAGACCAUGGGCAGUGCGUCAUGCUGCAAGUGUGGCAUCUUAA